AUGAAAACUGCUUGGGAAGUGGUGAGGAUUCGAGGCGAACUUGUGCAGUGGGUUCAUUGGGUUUGGCAUAAUGCUUUGCAAAAACGUGUUUCAGUUCUUAUGUGGAAAGCCUUGAAUGGAAGCUUAAGCGUGGAUGAAAAAAUUAAAGCAGUUAGUAUAAAUCUUGCUGCCAAAUGUGAUUGUUGCCCUAUGGGUCAUGAGGAAACUGCUUCUCACAUUCUAAGCUCUGGAGAGUUUGCGGACAAAAUAUGGAAGAAGGUUUCCCUAUUGAUGGGUGUUCGUUGGAGGGCUAGACAACCUUGGUGGGAAUCAAUUAAUUUAUGGUGGGCAAGAGCAAAAAAGAUCUUUCCAGGUAGGAUGUUUGUUUAG